AUAACCCUAACCCUAACCUCUGGAAAAUUCCCCACCACCCCAACCCCGACCCUUUCUUCCUCCUCUCGAAAAUUCCGCACCACCCCGACCCCGACGCCAUCUUCCUCCUCUCGGAAGUUCCCCACCACUCCGACCGCAACCCCUUCUUCCUCCUCUCGGAAGUUCCCGACCACUCCGACCAAUGGGGCUCUCAAUUUCAGUCUUCCGCUCGCACACCGCUAGCCUUGACGCUGACGAGACGGCGCCGCCGCAGCCAUGGGUGCUCGUGCCGUCCGUUCCCGCGUUGGUGAUUGCAUCUGGGUUUAUGCGCUUAGGUACCUACCGAGUUCCCGUAGAUCAUCCGUUCGUGUCUGCUGUGGAUUCCUCCGGAUUGCUGCUGUGUUCCUCCAACUACAUCGCGGACAACCCCAGGCAGUAUUUCCUCUGGGAUGCGGCGGGGCACACAUCGUCAGAACUGCCUCAGCCUGAUCCCCUCAAGGUUGGCCACCCCAGUGGAAUUGGUCUGCUACGCAAAGGCACUGCUGUGCUCGUGGCUGACCUCCAGAGAACAGUGGAUGGGCCUGUACUGUGCUACUGGGAGGCUGGGAGUGAUAGAUGGCUGCUCAAGAGACCCUCAGGGUGUUCUCCUAACUUCGAAAUUUCUCAUGGAGUUCUUUCCCACAGAGGAAGGCUUUUCUGGUUCAACCUUGCAAAAGGUAUAUCCCAUUGUGACCCGUUUCUUGAUACCCCUGUGCUGUGCUUCAUAGCUCUUCCGUUGGAUUGCGAAGAGUGCAAUGAUGGUGGGUUAGAUGAACUGGCAAGGCGACGCUGCAUCAAGUUGAGUUUAGGACAGAUAUGCCUCAUUGACAUUCAACAGUUAUGGGAUACUCCUGCUCUUGUCAUGUGGUCGAUGAACCUUGCUGAUGAGGGAAGUCAAUCAGACUGGGUCCGCACCUAUCGUGUUCCUCUGUGUGAUGUAUGGAGUGGUUGGGAACCUCCGAUGCUCAGCCUUGUCCACCCGUAUAAUCCGAAUAUCCUCUAUCUUUCCAACGGUCUCAAAGUAACUGCAGUGGACAUGCUUACAAGGCGCGUGAUUGAAGUGCAAGACUUGUCGACGGGCUCCUCUUCGAUGAUACACGCUUGGAUUUUGACUCCAGAGCUGCAGAAGCACAUAAAAGGCUCAGGAAAGAAGAGUGUGCGUAUCGUCCUUGGUGGAAUGCCAAUGCUGUCCCGACCAGUGAAGACCCAGAACACUCCUCAUGAGUUGUCACUGGAUUCCUGCCCUUUGAAUCUUGAUAUCCUUCUCGAGAUUGUAAAGCGAUGCAGCCUCACCUCGGUUGUCAAAUUUGCUCUUUCCUGUAAGCUCAUCCGCAGGAACAUAUCAAGCCGUAAUUUUCUUGGGCAGCUGGGCCGAGGCCGGAGGUUCACUUCAUCAAUUUACCUUGGUCAUUUUGAGAAUUACUGCAGCCGGCUGAUUACUAGACCACAUUUUAUCCCGUCACCACUGCCCAAUGCUGGGGUGCUGCCUAGAAUGGUACAUUCAUCUCUUAUGGAGGAAAGGUCCAUCGGUAGCCUUAUAGAUCUGACGGUGGCUGGAAUUCAUGCUGGAGUCCUGGUUCUGUCAGAUAAUGUUGAUCCAGAGGUCUGUCUAUGGUGUCCACUGAAGCGGUAUUUAGGUUUUGCACCUCAAACUAAUUUAGCCCGCAACUGUGGUUGUAUCCUGUCAACCGGAACUAAUGGAGGCAUGGAAUUGAUGCUGGUGAAAGCCCGCCCACGGCUUGGGGUCAUAAGGACAAAGAUAUUCACUCCCGUGAAACAAGAUUUUGCUGUUGUGAGCCGCCACGGCCGGCCUCCGCUGUCUGGGGUGUGGGGUCCUGUGGUUCACAGGCAAAUCAUCGGGGAUCGCUCCAGGAAUGUCAAGCCCUUUGCAUUUCCGGUGGUUGUUGAUGCAGCUGCUCACUGGCUGUGCAGGUCUUCUGGAAAGUAUCGUGUACUGAAGAUGCCAAUCAAUGACACUAGCAUGCCAUCAUAUAUCCCACUGCCUACCACAUGCUGCUCGACAGUUGAUUACCACAAGGACACACUACUACUUGUGUCAGCUUCAGCAGAUGGGCAUGUUGGUGGGAGCGACCAGGGAGGGCUGCUCGGGCUACUGUCACUCGAUGCCAAGGGGAUCACGGUCUGGAGUUCCAAAUAUCCCACAGGCUGGACACAACAUGGCACCAUCUGCAGAGAUAGGAUCAUCCAGUGUCUUGAUCUUCCAUACAAUAUCCAGUUUUCUCUUGAAUGGUGCUCGGCUGAGAGUGGGGUCUUGGCAAUGACUGCACAUGGCAAAGGGCACACCGCUGAACGUGUAAUCUUCAAUUUAAACACAUUGGAGGGGGGCCACAAUUCUAGGCCCGAGGGUGCUAUAAGAGGUCUCAAGUUACGGGCAAUGUGCCCGUAUGAGGCUGACUGGGUGGGUGUUCUCUCAAGUUUGAAGAUGUUGUGAGAAGCUGCUAGGGCGAUCAACGUGGCUGUUCAGGAGUUUUAUGCUCAAAAGCCUGGAUGGCUUGUAAUGUUUUGUUGCUUCUUCUUGAUGGUUGUGGGAAUGACCAGGCCUGGAAGUGUUUACAUUCUUGGUCGGCUGUGUUGCCAUUCCUUGAUAUCGUUUGAGUUUUGAGCCAUAGAUUUUUGUUCUUAAAACUGUGAGGAGAAAUGGUAAUGUGGUGAUGACUGAUGGUUCCGAGUUUCUGUUGAGAUUUCGGAUUAUAAGUUUCAACAUGUGCUUAGUUUGUUUUCCUGGUUCUUGGUUAGAUUUCUCAAACUAAUAGUAGUUCUUUUCUUCA